AUGGGAGGUUGCGAAUUGAAUGCCACAACCAGAACAUUUGUAGUAGAAGUAGAGGACGAUUUGUUGGAACACCUGCUAUAUUUGAAAACGGUAUCGCUGGGUGAAGAUGCUGACGCUAAACUUCAUGUGAUAGCCAUGGAGUCCAAAAACAUGACCACCAGCCUCAAACCAAUGCCAUUUGUGUCUCUGAAACCCUCCGUCUUGCCAAUGAUCUCUCUUGGUACUUUUGCAUUAGUCCCUCCUGUUGCCUUUACCCUGAAGUCUGGGACUGGGCCAGUUUACCUUCAUGGAGAACACGUAAUUCUUUCCGACUAUGAGCCGUCAGAAGACGAACUUCCGCCGGAUGAGGGAGAGGAUGACACAGGUCAGGAAAAUACGGAGGAAGACGAAGAGGCCAAUGCAGAACCAGGUACGGACGAUGAAGAACCAGGUGCGGACGAUGCAGAACCAGGUACAGACUAUACAGAACCAGGUGUGGACAGCGAAGAACCAGGUGUGGACAGUGAAGAACCAGGUGUGGACGAUGCAGAGAUGGAAGAGGUAAAAUAUCCUUGUUUACACAUGGGUGUGAUUAUUGGUCACCAAGUGCGCCAUAAGAUCUUUUAG